UCCAAAAUACAUAUACCUGGCAAGUAUAAUUUGGCUGCAAACUACAAUAAAUUGCAUAGACAGAGAAAUGGGUUCCAAGGCCAUAGCUGAUCAGAAACCUCAUGUUGUGUGUGUUCCAUCACCAGGUCAAAGCCAUAUCAAGGCAAUGCUUAAAUUAGCACAACUCCUUCACCACAGAGGUUUUCACGUAACCUUUGUCAACACGGAAUUCAUCCACAAUCGCUUUCUUCGAACUCAAGGACCUAAUUCCCUUGAUGGCUUGGCUGACUUUCAAUUCGAAACCAUUCCCGAUGGUCUCCCUCCUCCUUCAGAUGCAGAUCAUGCAGCCACCAGAGACACCUCUUCUAAUAUUGAAGCCAUAAGGAAGAACUUCUUGACUCCAUUUUCUGACCUCCUCCGAAAACUCAAUGAAUCCUCCAUUUCAAACACUUGUCCUCCAGUCACUCGAAUUGUUUCCGACGGCUUCAUGCCCUUCACCAUCACAGCUGGAGAAGAAUUGGGAAUUCCUGUUGUCUUGUUUUUCACUAUCCCAGCAUGUGCUUUCAUGGCCAUUAAACAAUUACAUGCUUUGAUGGAGAAAUUCAAUCUUCCACCAAGGAAAGAUGAUGAAAGAAGUGUAACGAACGAGAUAUUAGACACGGUUAUAGACUGGAUUCCAGGAAUGAAAGAUAUGCGCUUAAGAGAUCUACCAAGCUUUUGUUCGUUUAGAAAUGUUCAUGAUCAUGUCCUGUUUGACUUUAACAUGGAAGUGGCUGAUAGAGCUAAUAAAGCUUCAGCAGUUAUAGUUCAAACUUUUUAUGACUUGGAGAAACAUGUCUUGGAUGCUCUCUCUAUUAUGCACCCACAUGUUUUUGCAAUUGGUCCUCUCCAACUCCUUCUGAAUCGCAUACCGGAACACCCUAUGAAGCUUUUCACGUCUAAUCUUUGGAAGGAAGACAGUGAGUGCCUCCAAUGGCUAGAUUCUAAGCCACCAAACUCAGUGGUGUAUGUGAAUUUCGGUAGCGUAACAGUGAUAACACCAAAACAAUUGGUUGAAUUUGGCAUGGGACUUGCAGAAAGCAAGCACUUUUUCUUGUGGGUGAUUAGGCCUAAUCUGGUUGUGGGUGAGUCAGCUGUUUUGCCACCUGAAUUUGCCGAAAAGAUCAAAGGAAAAGGUCUAAUAGCAAGUUGGUGCCCACAGGAGGAGCUCCUGAAUCAUCCAUCAAUUGGAGGAUUCUUAACACACAGUGGUUGGAAUUCAACAAUUGAGAGUUUGUCUUCUGGUGUUCCAAUGCUGUGUUGGCCAUUCUUUGGUGACCAAACAACAAAUUGUCGAUACGCUUGCAAGGAAUGGGGGAUUGGCAUGGAGAUAGACAAUGAUGUGAAAGGAAAGGAAGUUGAGAAGCUUGUGAGAGAGUUGAUGGAGGGAGAGAAGGGUAAGACAAUGAAAAGGAAUGUAAUGGAGUGGAAGAGACUAGCCCAUGAGGCUACCGCUCCACAUGGUUCUUCAUCCAUAGAUUUGGAUAAUUUGGUGAGGCUCUUGCUUUUAUGAUAUAUAGGAAUUCAAAAUGUUGAAAUUAUGAUAUUAAUAUUGUAGUAAUCAAUAAGCGAUUAAAAACCAAAUGGAGCAAUUUAUCAAACAA